AUGAAAGGAAGAAGCAAUAACCAGAAAGAGAAGAAGACAAAGACUGAUAAAAAUGGAAGCCAACACCAGCACCACCUUCCUCUUCCGACUCCCCAAAAAAUGGGAAACUUCAAUCUUUCUCACAGAUCAUAUUACAAUAUCCCUAAACCUCAUGCUAUCUUAUAUUACUCUCAGCGCACAUCUAAUGCUGGGUUUCUCAUUGCCGAAGCAACCGGAGUCUCUGUUACCGCACGAGGGUACCCAAACAGACCUGGAAUUUGGACAAAAGAGCAAGUUGAAGCUUGGAAACCGAUUGUGAAAGCUGUACAUGAGAAGAGAGGCAUCUUCUUUUGCCAAAUUUGUCCUGUCGGCCGAGUCUCAAAUUAUGCAUAUCAGCCAAAUGGUGAAGCUCCAAUCUCAUGUACCAAUAAGGGAGUGACGCCUGGCCUGGAAGGAGGAGAUUGGUCACCUCCUCGUUCAUUGAGAACCGAUGAAAUCCCCCAAAUUGUGAAUGAUUUCAGGCUUGCUGCAUGUAAUGCCAUUGAAGCAGGUUUUGAUGGGGUUGAAAUCCAUGGAGCAAACGGAUACUUGAUCGAUCAGUUCAUGAAAGAUAAAGUAAAUGACAGAACUGAAAAGUAUGGUGGAAACUUAGAGAAUCGGUGUUGUUUUGCUCUAGAAAUAGUUGAAGCUGUGGUAAAUGAAAUUGGAGCUGAUAAAGUUGGCAUAAGACUAUCACCUUAUGAACAUUACAUGAAGGCUGUUGACUCAAAUCCUGAAGCAUUAGGCUUGUACAUGGCCAAUGCACUCAACAAAUUUGGGAUUGCUUAUCUGCACAUAAUCGAGCCGCGGAGGAUUAAAACUGUAGAUGAGUAUGAAAUUCUGCAGUGUUUACUUCCUAUCAGGAAGGCUUUUAAGGGUAAUUUCAUAGUUGCUGGAGGCUACAAUAGAGAGAAUUGUAACAAGGCUGUUGCAGAAAAUUACACAGAUUUAGUUAUAUUUGGUCGCUUGUUCCUGGCUAAUCCUGAUUUGCCGAAGCGACUUGAGCCAAACGCAGAGUUGAAUAAGCAUGACGGAGGCACAAUGUAUAUUACUGAUCCUAUUAUUGUUUAUACAGACUAUCCAUUUUUGGAGAAUUCUGCUUAGACAUUUUAUUUAGCUUGCAUUUGUAAAAUAAUAGAAUCCUCUUAUGAUAUAUCGUGCUGUCCAUUUAGCUUGCCAAAGUGAGCUUUAUGUUUUUCUACUCUGUUAAUGCGGUAAUGUGCCCAGAAAAAUUUCAGUAUAUAUAUCGUUCUGUU